AUAUAGCAAACAAAGCCAAAAGUCUCCUAUUGGUCGGUUCGUGCUGUAUGCAAAUUAGGCCCUGCUACGUCAGAUCCUGAACUUGAGCGCCAUUUUUUUCCGUUACGGCGAAGAAAGGGACAAAAAGGCCGUGGCGAAAAAAAAAUAGCAAUUGUCUUCGUCUCCGGUGAAGAAGCACCGCCCCAUCCGACGUCGUUUAUUACCGGAGCGGCUGUCGGACACGCCGAAUGCGGCUCGGAUGAGUGUCGUUGGCGGCGGUGAAGCAGUUGUUGUUGCACGGACCGGGGACGGGAAGUGGGGCUCGGAGGACACCGACGCUACUUUGGAGCCAACAUCAGCAGGGUGCGUGAGCAACCAUGUAUCAGCUUCCAGUCGGGAACCUCGAGAAGAUCCGAAAGGCGCGCAAGGCGGUCAAACACGUCUUGAGUGACAUCGGCCUGGAGGACUGCCAGAACCUUCUCAAGGAGCUGGAUGAAAGCCCGGAUCAGGACCCGGAGGAAGCGGAUCCUCUCAAGGGCACCGAGUGGAGCGACUUCAUCGAUGGAUACCAUGGCCGACUACGAAAGAAGUGGCCUUAUCGGACCAGAACCAUGUGCUGCGCCAUGUGCAAGUACUCGUCGCAGAACAUCUUCCACUACCGCAACCACGUGGCGCGCUGCCACGAGUGCUUGCAGACGAUGUGCGCACUGACCACAUGCCAGCGCUGUGUCUUCGUGGCACACCCCCGCGUGGUCAAGAAGCACAUCCUGUUCUUCCACGCUGGUCGAGGCAUGGGCCCGCAGCCCGGGGAGGCGGUCCACCGAGGGAACGAGCGCUAUCAGUGCAGGAAGUGUGGCUUCCCCACACAUUCCAUCUUCGCCAUCAAGAAGCAUAUCAUCCUCAAGCACAUGGAAAGCCUGACGGAUGAGUACAUCGGCUACCGGUACCCCGUGCCGGGCUCCUCUGUCAAGAUGUACUGCUGCAAGAGUUGCAAGGUCAACACGGGCACGCUGGACCAGAUGUUGCACCACAUGCUGGUUGAGCCCAAACACUACACCAUCAACUCACAGGUGCAGAAUAUGAUUUUCGAGAACAAGAACAUUGUCAAAGCGGCGCCCAACGGGAACGGCGUGUUUGUCACGUUGCCGAGCAUCGCGCCCCGGCCGCAGCAAGGCCAGGUGUUGAACAGUAAGUCCUUCGUGGUGCCCAGCAACGGCCAACAUGGCGGCACUGUGGUGGCGCUGCAGCAGCUGCAGGGGGCGCCCAACAGCACCGCCCUCAUCUGUGCCCCCAGUAGCAAUCAAGCCUUCCUGCCGCCGCAGGCGUCGGCGCUAGUGCAGCUAGCGAGCGCUGAGGCUAAAGGUUUGCUGCAGCCCGGUGCCACCAUCGCCCUACGGGGGUCGUCGCUGGUUCAGUUUCCCACCGUGUCCAACGUGUCCCUGAAGCAGGCACCGGUGGCCGUGGCGCCGCCCCAAGCGCAGCCCAUCCUCAUCCCGUCGGGCCUGCAGGCAAACAUGGCGGCCGGGCCCAGCUUGACGGCCGGCCCUGGCUUGGCGCCCAAGCCUGCCGUGGUGGCGCAGAACCCGCCAGCCAACCAGGUAACCCUCCAAGGCACCAUGCUGACGUCGCAGUCGCUGCUCAGUCACCUGAUCCCCACCGGCAACAGGGUAAACGGCAUGCCUACCUACACCUUCGCCCCGCUUCAAGUGGCGGUGCCAGCCUCUCAGAGCCCGGCCGGCCCGCCUAAGCCCGUGGAGCCGGCAGCCAACUCUGCGAACCAAACCAAGAAGUGGAUCACCUGCCCCCUCUGCAACGAACUCUUCCCCUCCAACAUUUUCGACAUGCACAUCGAGGUGGCCCACCAGAGCAAGUCCACCACUUCCAGGUCGGAAAGCCUGGCAGGGCGGGCGGCGUUCCUCAAAAAGAUGCCUGAUAAAACUCUCAAAUGUCUGACGUGCAAAGUUUUGUUGUCAGAAAAGAGCGUCCUUCAGCAUCUGCUGCAUGGCCUCUGCUGUCUCUACUGCGCUGUCACCUUCUUCUCCGUCAAGCAGCUGAUUGAACACGUCAGGCAACACAACCCCACCAGCAAGCUCUACUGCGACUUCCUGAGGCAGAACUACAAGAUCUACACCAAAGGCAACGCCGGGAUCCUCUUCCCGUACUUUGACGUCUCCACCACCGCGCCCAAGGAAGUCCUGGGAGAGUGCGAGGUCAACCUGGCGCUGGUCACCAACUCUCUGGAGCUCAUCUACGUCAAGCUGCAGCCCAGCAACCAGCCUGACAUUUGCCCCGCCCCCGUCAAGGUCAACACCACCUCCUGCCCCUUCUGCGACGAGAAGUUCCAGGAGGAGCCCAAGCACCUGCAGCACCUGAAGCAGAAACACUUGGUGGCGCCCACCAUCCACGCCAUCCUCAAGACCGAGGCCUUCAAGUGUAUCUACUGCAACGGCGUCUACACGGGCAAGGUGACGCAGCAGGCUGUCAUGCUCCACAUUCAGCGCUGCCGCAGUUCACCCAAACCGCCCAAAAUUACAGCGCCGCCACCACCGCCGCUUCCCAAACCGGUUCAGCCACCCCGGCAGCCAUCUGGACUGUACUUCCUCCAAAUGCCACAAGGGGUGAAACAAACGCCAACCAGAGCUCCUGGUCUCACGACCCCGGCGGUGGCAGUGGGAGGAGGGUCGUCUCCCCACCAGAGUGAGGAGGAGAUGCAGUCCACCAGAAGGUUGGAGGCUGCCUUGAAGGAGGUCAUAGAGUUCAACAAGCGGGAGCGGGAGAAGAAGGCAGCCAUGCGCAAGAAGCGAGAGCAGGAGCGCAUGAUGAUGAUUCUGCCGCCGCCUGAGCCUGAGGUCCCAAGCGACCCCAACGUCAAACUGGCACUGGAGCCCACCCCGCUGGACCGCCGCGGCCCUGAUGAGCGGCGAGACUUCAUCACCAAAUACUUCCACGUCAACCCGUACGCCAGCCGCGCCGAGACGGAGGAGCUGUGCCGCCGUCUGGCGCUGACCAAGGCAGAAGUGGUGGCGCUCUUCAGCGCCAAGCGUAGCCGCUGCCUGAAGAACCUCAAGAGGAGCACGGCAGCCGUGCUGAUGGGCUUCAACAUGGCCCGCAUGGCGCAGCUUCAGCACCAGCUCCACGUUCCAGAGCAGCGGCCCGCUGAGCUGCGAGAAGCAGAGCCAGAGGAGGAGACGGAACUGCCGCCGGCCAACGCCACGAAGGAGGCGGUGGCAGGAGCAGGUGAGGACGGGGUGGAGCCGAUGGAUGAAAGCAGGAACAAGAAGAUGACUGAUGAGGUGCCGAUGGAGCAUGACUGAAAAGGACCUUUCAUGGCGGCCUUUGGUGUCGUCUUGCUUGGAGAAACUUAGUGACCUCGUGCUUCUGUUUGCUUCUCCGGAAGCAACCUGAGGCUCCAUCUUGGCUGCUUCCUCACAAUAAAAGCACUGACUUGCUCCUGCUACCUUUUUCUACCAAAUUCUUCUUUUUCAUAUCCACCAUUACUUCCUUGCUAAGUUGAAGACUAACUACGGUCAUUUUUCUACUGAGUUGACGCAUUCAUGUUGGAACUUCCAGUCAUGUGGUUUGCUUUUCUAAAAGGAUGAAAGGAUUUUUUUUACACCAGGGGUGUCCAAAGCGUUCACUGGUCAGGACUGCCAAAAGAAACACUUUUUUUUUUUUUUUUAUUUUCACACAAAAAUAUAUUAAACCCACUACGAUGUAGGUCAACAUAUUAAAUAUAUUUGAAUAAUAGUACAGAUGCACGAUAUCUUUUUUUCCAAACAGAUAACUUUCUGUUUCUCAAGACUGACAUGGUACUGAUAACUUAUUUUAUAUCUACUUUUAAAAUUUAUAUUUAAGUGUAGUUUGUGCACACCAGGAGGUAAGAAGGACUGGAACACAUUAGGAUUUGACCAACUACCUGUUGAUUAGUCCUAAUCCGCGAUCAUGACUAUUACAUCACAUUACUACCACCAGGAGAACUACAGUAUAGAGGGGGAGGGAGCCACCUGCUGUGGCCCAGCAAGGUGCACUGUAUUCGGGCACACGCUCCAAGCGGCCAGUGUGCCGCUACGGAGGUCAGGACAACCGGACUAUAGAGCGGGAGGAGCCACCCUGUGUGGCUCAGUAAGGUGAACUACUCAGUAAGGACUCUGGCAAACCUUUUCAAAUGCUGCAGCGCUGGCGUUUCAGGUGGCUGAUAAGGUUCUUUGUGCCCCCCCACCCCCUCGCCGAGCGUUUGGUAGAACUACCAUGUGAAAUGUCUUCCUCGGAAAGUGAAUGUUUACAAGUGAGCGCAGGGGGCGUUAGGACAGGCCGCUAAUGUCACAGGCAGAAGAGAGUAAAAAAAAAAGGAGCGUCUUGUUCAUUCAAUGUCAACUUUUUCUCUUUUCAGCAGCCGUAAUAUUUGUUUAUAGGAUAUAAUUCUCCCUGGACCGCACUUUGGACACCUCGCUUUAGAACCAUAUGAGCAACGCCUUCCUUUUCUCACCCAGAGUCAAUUCUCUUUUAGAAAGACCACAUGUAUGACCCACACCUAUUAGGACACCUAACAAAUAUGUACUGAUGUGUGUGUGUGUGUGUGUGAAUGUAUGUAUGUAUAUAUAUAUGUAUGUAUAUAUAUAUAUAUAUAUAUAUAUAUAUAUAUAUAUACACAUAUUUUCCUGUUGCUGCUUUUUUUUGUAUCUGUACUUGUUUUUCUACAUUUCCUUAAGUGGGUAAGAAAAUGGUUUCCUAACGUGUUAAUAUAAACACACUUCAUUGUUACAUCCACAAUAAACAGUUAUCUUUUAAAAGUUGUGUACUAACAGCAAUCUGUAUUCUGAACAUACUAUAAAAUGUUCAAAAACUAAAGCGGCGUUUUUAACUUUUAAUGUUCUUUUGAGAAAUCCAGUCUCUCUGCUUAAAAUAAUUUAUUGUGCGUUCUCUAAAAUUGGGAUUCAUAGUAGCUUGGAAUGAUUUAUUUUUUUAAUAUGACUUAAUUUUACUACAACAGCGGUGUCCAAACUUAUUCCACCGGGAUUGGCAUACAUGCCACUUUUGUUCAUCAGGGACGCUAAAAUUUAUUUCAGCUAGGUCAAGAUAUACCAAGCAGUUAAAUAUCUCUACAAAAAUACAAACGUGCAGCACCUGGUUAUUUAAUUCACAGCAUUAUUGAUGAGCAAAUGUAUCGGCCAAUGGAUGGUUGUUACUAUGAAAAAUUAAUUCCCAUCUGUUUUGAUGCUGUCCAAGAUGGAUGGCCCCCUGUAGUUGUUGGCCUCCAGGGCCUCCAGCCUGCUGCGGUAUUCCACAGGGAGUCCGUUCUGCUCAGCACCCCAACACACCACCUGAAAACACAUGCUUCGAAUAAAAAUAAACACUCAUCCACUUGUGGACACACAUACGUGAGACAUCAGGCACGAUACAUACAUGUUUGUACUGUGGAGAGGGAAGACAUGCAUGGAAAUUGUUCAUCUGGUAGGUUCUGCACAUUAUGGGUCCGUGGCUGCUCUCUACUAAAACUUCCAUUGGAGAGUACAUUCCUCCCUCGACUCCUUCCUGCCUGAUAACACACACAAGACUCCUGUGGCAUAGAAGAUCUUUGACUAACAUUUUUUUUGCAGUACUGUAGUUGGUAAAUGAACUACCACUAAACCUGACAGAACGUAGUAUUUCGGACGGCCACUGCGACGCAGCAAUGUGCCCAAACGAGGAAAAUUAGAGGCAGGAGCUAACCACUGAUCUGUAUUAUAUAUCUGGAUAGCUCAUUGGCGAUGACUUGUGAAGCCACACGGCCGCCAUAUUGCUACUCGCAAGAAACACUUCUCGACAAGCUUUUGCAUUCGUGGUUAACUUUUAUUAAUUCGGAUUGGACACACAUUUUGCCUUAAGAUGCCUGCACGUGCAGCUAUUAACUGCACAAAUCGCCAGUUCAAAGGCUGUGGACGAACCUUUUCACCUGUAAGUAUGAUUGAAAUGUAUAUUUAUGAUUGAUAAUUUAAGGGUUUUACACUGUCGAUCUCUCAUAUUUUCGAUCGUGUAAAAUUCCUCUGAUUAAAUGUAUGUCCAGAAUUGAUACGUUUAUAUAGCUCUAUAAUAGCUAAGAGGAAAUAUACGUACUUUUUUGUUAUAUCAUGAUAUAUGUAUUUUUUUAAGAGGUGAAGGUUGUGUUACUUGAAGGAAUGGGAGAAUCUCAGUGUUUCCAUGAUGCUUACCAGGCAUUGUAUACAGUGCAGUUAGCAAGCCAGUUUGCAUACAAUUGACCCGGCAUGACCCUUCAUUUGGAUAAACAACCUUUUUUUUUUUGCUGCUGAAUGACUGACGUAAAAGGAUUCAUUCACAUGAUAUGUUCUGGAAAAUAAUAUUAGUGAACAUGCAUACCGGUAUGUUUGAGAGUGCAAACAACAUAUUGUCUUACUAAAAGCAUAUGGUUUUGUUUCAGUGUUGUUUUUUUUCUGUGUGUGUGUGUUUAUGGUUAUUAUACAUUAUGGUUAUCAC